AUGCCCAUUCCUAACGGUAGUACAGAGCAACAGAAAGUAUCAGUGAUUUGUAUAGAGCCAGUUUUGUAUGCGUCUGUCGGCUACGGAACUUUAGCUGACUACGCGUUCCAGAGUUUCAAGACAUUAGUUUAUAGUCAGUCCUAUUCUCGUAACUUAGAAUUCAACAAGUACAAAUACCUCUUCCUCUGCUCUACGAUCAACGUCAAUGCGGUCGGUAUCGUCCGGGAAUCCAAGAAGCUGGCUCAACCAAUUGAUCCGGAUCUGACUGCGAAGCUGCUGGGCCGUGGUGUUGCUGUGUCUCCUGUCGUAACCGUAGAACCGCGCCGACGCAAAUUCCACAAGGCAAUCACCCUCAGCAUGCCGGCUCCCCGUGCCCACAGCCAAGGCAUGAUCAACCAGUACUCGGGCAGUGCUCCGACGCUACGGCUCCUGUGUUCCAUCACCGGUGGUACGACGCGCGCACAAUGGGAGGACGUUACGGGUUCCACUCCGCUAACCUUUGUGAAUGACUGCGUUUCGUUCACCACCACCGUUUCCGCCCGCUUCUGGCUUAUGGACUGUCGUAACAUAGCAGAUGCAACAAAGAUGGCAACCGAAUUAUACAAAGAAGCCAUACACGUACCGUUUAUGGCCAAAUUUGUCGUAUUCGCAAAACGCACCGAUCCGCUAGAGGCGCGCCUCCGUGUCUUCUGCAUGACAGACGACCGCGAAGACAAGACCCUGGAACAUCAGGAGCACUUCACCGAGGUGGCCAAGAGCCGCGAUGUCGAGGUAUUGGAGGACAAAUCGCAGUACAUCGAGCUGGCCGGUAAUCUGGUGCCGAUAACAAAAUCCGGUGAGCAGCUUAGUUUACCGUUCAAGGCAUUCCGAGAAAACCGUUUACCGUUCUCGGUCCGUGUGAAGGAUCAGCACGCGGAUAUCGUUGGUAGGACCCUCUUCAUGCGCGAACCGAAAAUUGCCAAGGGUGAACCACCACAGCAACCAAUCUGCAUCCUGAACAUCGUUCUACCAGAAACAAUAAUUCCCGACCAAGUGACCACCAUUGAAGACUCACAGGAUAUAGUAGUUCGCGUUGCACGAGCCGCCCGAGUAUCACCACGUGACCAAAACUAUCUAGGCGAACUGCGUGUCGUCGAUAUCUCAAACCUUCUCGGUGAAGACUGGAUCAAAUUAGCUCCCGAGAUUGGCGUCAACGAAAUGGACGUUGACAAUAUAAUUGCCCAGAACCCAACCAGCAGUGCUCAGCAAGCUCAGGCUAUGCUGAAAAUGUUCCAAUCGAGCGACCGAAAUGAUUUCAACAUUCUAGAAAAUGGUUUACGCACAAUUCAACGAGAUGAUAUUGUCGAUCGCUGCCUGCGAUCCUCCGCGACGAGCACCUCCACAACCACUACGGUGACGAUGCGUAACAAGACUGCAUUCUCGAUUAGUAAACGAAGUCACGACAUAAACAUCAUUUCCGAGCAGGAUUCCAUUGCCAAGUUGGUACAAAAAGAUGACAACCAAUAUGCCAAGGAGGAAUCCAGUAAGUACUCGGUAGAAGAGAAACAGGUCGACGAAUCUGAAGAAUCGGAAGAGGAGACCAUCAAGAGAACCGUAGCGGAGCGACGGAAACAGAUCGAGAAACGCUUGUCCGCGGAUCGCUCGAUUCCAGCAUCGACCCAGAAAAAAGAAAUCGUGGAAGAAAUAAUAACCAUCAAACGGGCUAGCGUGAUUGACGAUACGCGAGCGAAGCACGAAGAAGAAAUCCUUAUGCAAAAACCUAUCGACAACUCGUACAAAUCUUCGGUAAUACCGGAGCCUGUGGUGAAACUGAAAACAACCACCAUCAAGGACGGCACUGCCAUUGCGAAAGACGAAUUCGACCGGGAAUUACAAGACAAAUUCAAAUCCACCCUGAAAAAUGUGGAUGAAUUUGAGCACAAAUCCCAGGUGUUGACUAGCGAAAAAGUCGACACAUCCGCUAAAAUCGUCGAUGAAAUUGCGAAGAAAGAUGUGAAACCAGCGGUCCCGAAAGCUGCCGACCCGAAACCAAAAGACGACAAGAAAAAACCGGACACGGAUGACGAAUCUCCGAUAGCUAAGGAACGAGUUCCAGUUCCAACAAAGCGAACCAGUAUAUCGCGAGAGGACGUUUCGGACCAUGGAGUGGUGACGGAAUCGAUCAAAAAUGUUCACGACAAAAUAACGUCAUUCGAAACGAAAUCAACCGAAUCCAGCAAACGAACGUCGUGGACCAGCCAGGAUGUACUAGCCCAGGAGAAACAACUUGAAAAAGAUAUAAUGGCUCAAAAGCAGCAGUUCGACGAACUGGAAGAAAGACUACAAACGCAACAGAAGAAAAUUGUGGAUAGCGAAAAGGUCACCGAGAUAAAGGAGGACUGGGAUGAAGAGCGCGAGAUACUCGCACAGAAAGCCAGAUUAGAUAAGCAGGAAAAAAGUGAGCAUACUUACCAAGAAACCAAAUCCGAAUUACUCAGCAAGGUCGAGGAGACGAUGACCAACGUAACAUCGAAAACGCAAUCCUAUGCGGGAACCGUUCAACUGGAAGCAACCAAACUUGACUCCACAGGCGACCAUUUCCAUCAGGAAGUUCAGGAGUUUGCCGCGCAGAGCUCUCAAACGAAAACUUCCGUAGACAAAAAGGUUGACAAAACUAUAACGGAGAUGCGUGACUCAGAAGUGGUAUCCGAACUCAAAGAAUCUAGCCAGCAAAGCAAAGAAGCCGUCGAUAAAAGGGCAGAAGCAUUCGCCAAAGAAACCAUUACCAGUUCACAGGAACCGUCACCCAAGAUCCAGGAGGCGUUUACCAAGGAAAGCUUCGAAUGUGUUCGCGAGGAAACCGUCAGUCAAGACCGCAGCGGUAUGUUGAAGGAAUCGGCGGAGAAAACGAAAACCGAAAUCGAAACUGGUAUUCGACAGGGAGCCGAAGUAGUAGCGGAAAAAAUUUCUGAAAUAGGCGAAGAGUUUCGAAGAACUGAACAAACUGCGGCAGUUAAACCGGACGAGAAGCCGUCCGUAGUGGAGACUGUCACAAAGACGAUCACCCAGGAGGUUACUUCAAAGAUUCCGGUGUUUAGCAAGCGAGCUUCCCCGGAUGAAGGUCCGAAGCCGGAAGAACCCUCGAAACCGAAAGAACCAACCAAAGAGCAGAAAUCUGAAGACGUAGUGAAGCAGGUAGAUGCCGCAGCGUCGAAGAUUCCACGAUUCGAUAGUAACAAGACUACCCAUACUAAGGCAGAAGUGACAGCUGUUAAAUCGCCGGAAACGACCGUUAGGAAGUCACCGGAAACUGCCCCUAUCAAAUCACCGGAUGCUACGUCGGUGAAGUCACCAGAAUCUACCGCGGCCAAGUCAGUAUUAAUCAAGUCGCCUGUAACCGAUGCGACACAGUCGAAGAUACCCGUCUUCAAGGAUCGAAAAGUAUCCGAGCAGUUCUCGAGCGAUUCUUGCGAAACAGUCAUAGCGCCUAGAACGGUACGCAUUAAGGAUGCUUCGCUGAAGUCGGACAGCGACGAGCAGCCAAUGGAAGCGCUCGCUAGUGCUAUGGUUGAAACCGGGGAGAUCACUAGCAAGGAGGUCAAGGAGCUGUUGAGUUUUACCACGAUCGAUGAGACCGUACUGAACGAACUGAUCACUGAGGACGACCGAGCCGUCACCCCCGAUGAUUUUAUUGACGAGAUAAUUGAAGAAGCUCACGAUACGGUCCAACAAAUGCAGGAAGCAGAGAUAGCUGCGUACACGCUCAACUUGAGCAGAUCUGAAGACGAUAUUCAAGAAAAGUCACCUCACCCGAUUCCUGAGUAUGUGACCGAGCGUGAACUAGUUGACGAAGCGGAAGAAGAUGAACUGGAACACGCAAAGUGGCAAGACGAUGCCCACUCGCUGGUGCCGGACGAUGCCUCCACUACGGAUCUGGAGGCAUUCCGGGACUAUCACUGGUUGGACACGCCGGAUUCGGCAACCGCAACACCAAAUCUACCCUCCAAGAGUAGCCCGAAACAGUCCAUCCCGAGACAGGGGGUUGUUCUGGCUUCUACCGAAGAGUUCGACACAAUGAGCCUCCAAUCAUCCGAUAUUGGCGAUGAACGCAAGCUACCAUUACAAGACAGUGACGAAACGACUCCAGAAACACGUGCCUCCAAAGCACGUAAGGAGUUCAAUUUGGACCUGGACACUGACGCGACUACUCCAAAGAAAACAGAACGAAAGACUCGAUUCGAAACGCACUCAAAUCGGGGCACUUCGCCCAUGACGGACAUCGUCGAAUCACCGGACAGUGUACAUCACUAUGCAAGGGGGGAAUCGCCGGCUAUUAAGCUUGUUAUUGGACGCAAGGAAAUUAAAACUUCCGAUGCGUCGGCCAUCACCGAAAGUCGUUUAACAGUCUACGGUCAUAAGGACGUGGAAAUUUCCAUCAGUUCCCAAUCGACGAUCAGUUUGACUACUACAACUACUUCCAAAGAUGGCCGCGAAGUUAGCUCGGAAGUGGUCAGCAGCGGAACAUCGGCCAAAGAAUCCACUACGACCAAACGCUACAAACAGUUUAAACUCAUCGACGAUGACCAAGACUCAGAACCGGUUGACCGAAAGCGUGACGAUACAGUUUCAUUUUCGAAAAAGAAAAGCGUAUACUUGUUCGGAAGCUUCGACUCCAGCAGCGAAUCACCAAUAACCGAGGCAAGCGGAUCCGGCCAUGUAACCGAUACCGGCAUCUCCCUGACAAGAGGUUUUACCGAAACCAUGACAUCGCCGGGAAUCGUAUCGUCCUCUGAAGAUAAGAAUAAAAAAAUCAGCAUCGUUACCGAUACGGCCGUUGAUGUAGAAAUUGAAGAAUUAGAACUUACCGACGCUGGUCUAAGUCCAAUACUACCGGACGAAACGGAUGUUACAGUCGAUUUCCAAAUGGCAGAUGAAGACGUGCAUUACGCACACAUGGGAACAAGUCCAGUAGAUUUCGAGGAACAGUCUGUUUCUGCGGCAAUGGACACGUCGGAAGCAGCAACACUAACCGAUCGAGUAGAAACUAAAGAUGCUUCCAACAGUCCAUUAGAUACAAACAUAAUUUCAAUUCUGAAACGCGACUUGUCCAAAAUCACCGACGAAGAACUGUUAACCGGUCGUCGAGGCUCGGGAGACGUCAAAGCGAAGGUUAAAAUCUUAGAACAGAAUCAGAAAAUCCAAAGCGCACAAAGUUCACCCAAGAAGAAGGUUGAAUUCGAAGACUACCAAACCAAAAGCAUCGAGGUCCACGAAUCACCCAAGAAACAAAAAGUGGCUUCGGCUAAGAUAAGCGAACUGAAGAAACUGUUCGGUGAAGAACAGGAACCCGAAGAGUCAAACAUCAUGUCAGAAUCGAUUCCUCCAAUUCAGGAGGUCAUCAAGCAGCUAGAGAAGCGCAUCGCCGUUGAACACAUCGACAAAAAGAUACUCGAUCAGAUUGAUACAUCUGCCGUUCGAACACUGCCACCACCUGCCAUUAAGAAAGAAAUCCUUACCGAACGAGAUCUUUCCGACCUGGAAGCUCAAAUAAUUCCAACCGAAAAAAUUAGAUCAAUAGAAGACUCGCUACUUAUGGAUCACACUGACGAAGAGAUAAAACUAACGAAACUGGUUCGUGGCGUCCAACAGCUUGGACUGCAGGAACAACAUAAACGUCAUCUGGACGAAGAAAGUCAGGAAACGGAAACCAAAAUCAUGCUAGAUGAACCAGUUUGCGAGAAAUUAAUUUGUAAAAAAUACGUUCCCGGAUUGACGGAGGACGGAUCGGAAGAAUUCGAACAGAAACGUGCAAAUGAACUAAUUCAAAUGUUCGAAAGUAGACAACCUAAGGACGAAACACCGCCACGGAGUCCAAAAAAAAUACGCGUCAAAUCGGAUGAGGCAACGAGAGCGAUCAUGUCGGCGAUCGAAGUUGAGAAAACAAUUCACAGUCGCUCCAUAAUUACCGAAACCGACGAAGCGCGAAAAGAUCGUCAGAUCAUUGAACUAGAACAUCUGGAGACCGAAUCGCGAUCAAUUGGGAAGGUGAUUAUCAAAUCCGAAACAGUUAGUAUGAAGGAUGAUGCAGUCCAGCUAAAGGGAGAAAGUGAAUCGAAAAUCGUUGCGCAAUACGAAGAAAAGCUCAGACAAGGUGAAAUUUCGAAACUAGAUCAUAGUUUGCUCCAAAUGUUCGACAAAAACAAACAAAUUGGUAUGCGUAUGGAAAAAAUAAUAAAACAAGAAAUGAUUUCCAAACACGAUAAAGACGAGACAGAUAAAAUUUAUGCUAGAACGAAGAGAGAAGUGCUGCAGUAUUCACCAGAAGAACUACAAAAAUCAGUUGCUGACAUCAAGGCACGAUUUGACCGACUUCGACAGGAAGACUCAACAGAACAAACAUUACAAAUACCUAAAAGAACGAAACCAAAACAAACUGAAAUGAAAUCAACCUAUGAAAAAAUUAAACCAAGACUCGACAUGGGUGACGAAAAAUCUAAACAUGACGACGAAAUACUCAAACAAGAAAAAUCUGAAGUUGAGAUAGUAGAACAAGAAAUCAAACCGAUCGAAGAUAAGGCACCUGCUUUACGGGUGAUUGAAAUAACAACUGAAGAAGCAGAAGCUAAGGUAGUAGAACAAGAAAUAACGACUGAGACCAAACAAGUCAAGAAACUAGUUGAGGAGAAAUUCGUUUCUCUAGCUGUUGAAACCAAGCCGGUCGAAGCUGAGAAACCAGUUUCGCCUGUGAUUGAAGCCACGGCUGAAGAACCAGACGCAAAGAAACCAGUUUCGCCUGUCACUGAAGCCACGGCUGAAGAAGCGGAAGCUAAGGUAGUAGGGCAAGAAAUCACGACUGAGACCAAACAAAACGAGAAACUAGUUGACGAGAAGGCCGCUUCUCCAGCUGUUGAAACCAAGCCGGUCGAAGCUGAGAAACUCGUUUCGCCUGUGACUGAAGCCACGGUUGAAGACGCAGAAACUAAGAAACCAGUUUCGCCUGUGACUGAAGCCACAAUUGAAGACGCGGAAGCUAAGGUAGUAGAGCAAGAAAUCACGACUGAGACGAAACCAGACGAGAAACUAGUUGAGGAGAAGGCUGUUUCUCCAGCUAUUGAAACCAAGCCGGUCGAAGCUGAGAAAUCAGUUUCGCCUGUGACUGAAGUGCCUACUGAAGAAGCAGAAGCUAAGGUAGUAGAGCAAGAAAUCACGACUGAGACGAAACAAGCUGAGAAACCAGUUUCGCCUGUGACUGAAGCCACAAUUGAAGACGCGGAAGCUAAGGUAGUAGAGCUAGAAAUCACGACUGAGACCAAACAAGACGAGAAACUAGUUGACGAGAAGGCCGCUUCUCCAGCUGUCGAAACCAAGUUGGUCGAAGCUGAGAAACCAGUUUCGCCUGUGACUGAAGCCACGGCAGAAGAAGCGGAAGCUAAGAAACCAGUUUCACCUGUGAUUGAAGUGACUACUGAAGAAGCAGAAGCUAAGGUAGUAGAGCCAGAAAUCACGAUUGAAACCAAACAAGUCGAGAAACUAGUUGAGGAGAAGGCUGUUUCUCCAGCUGUUGAAACCAAGCAGGUCGAAGCUGAGAAACCAGUUUCGCCUGUGACUGAAGUGACUACUGAAGAAGCAGAAGCUAAGGUAGUAGAGCCAGAAAUCACGACUGAGACUAAGAAAGUCGAAAAACUAGUUGAGGAGAAGGCCGUUUCUCCAGCUGUUGAAACCAAGCCGAUCGAAGCUGAGAAACCAGUUUCGCCUGUGACUGAAGCCACGGCUAAAGACGCGGAAGCUAAGGUAGAAGAGCAAGAAAUCACGACUGAGACUAAACAAGUCGAGAAACUAGCUGAGGGGAAGGCCGUUUCUUCAGUUGUUGAAACCAAGCCGGUCGAAGCCGAGAAACCAGUUUCACCUGUGACUGAAGCAGCAGAAGCUAAGCCGGUCGAAGCUGAGAAACCAGUUCCGCCUGUGGCUGAAGCCACUGUUAAAGACGCAGAAGGUAAGGUAGUAGAGCAAGAAAUCACGAUUGAGACCAAACAAGUCGAGAAACUAGUUGAGGAGAAGGCCGUUUCUCCAGCUGUUGAAGCCAAGCCGGUCGAAGCAGACAAACCAGUUUCGGCUGUGACUGAAGCCACGGCAGAAGAAGCGGAAGCUAAGCCGGUCGAAGCUGACAAACCAGUUUCGCCUGUGACUGAAGCCACGGCAGAAGAAGCGGAAGCUAAGGUAGUCGAGCAAGAAAUCACGACUGAGACCAAACCAGACGAGAAACUAGUUGACGAGAAGGCUGCUUCUCCAGCUGUCGAAACCAAGCCGGUCGAAGCUGACAAACCAGUUUCGCCUGUGACUGAAGCCACGGCAGAAGAAGCGGAAGCUAAGAAACCAGUUUCACCUGUGACUGAAGAAGCAGAAGCUAAGGUAGUAGAGCAAGAAAUCACGACUGAGACCAAACAAGUCGAGAAACUAGUUGAAGGGAAGGCCGUCUCUCCAGUUGUUGAAACCAAGCCGGUCGAAGCUGAGAAACAAGUUUCGCCUGUGACUGAAGUGACUACUGAAGAAGCAAAAGUUAAAGUAGUAGAGCAAGAAAUCACGAAAGAGACCAAACAAGACGAGAAACCAGUUGACGAGAAGGCCGCUUCUCCAGCUGUCGAAACCAAGCCGGUCGAAACUGACAAACCAGUUUCGCCUGCGACUGAAGCCACGGCAGAAGAAGCGGAAGCUAAGGUAGUCGAGCAAGAAAUCACGACUGAGACCAAACAAGACGAAAAACUAGUUGAGGGGAAGACCGAUUCCUCAAUUGUUGAAACCAAGCCGGUCGAAGCUGAGAAACCAGUUUCGCCUGUUACUAAAGCCACGGCUGAAGAAGCGGAAGCUAAGGUAGUAGAGCAAAAAAUCACGACUGAGACCAAAGAAGUCGAGAAACCAGUUGAGGAGAAGGCUGUUUCUCCAGCUAUUGAAGCCAAGCCAGUCGAAGCUGAGAAACCAGUUUCGCCUGUGACUGAAGCCACGGUUGAAGACGCAGAAGCUAAGAAACCAGUUUCGCCUGUGACUGAAGCCACGGUUGAAGACGCAGAAGCUAAGGUAGUAGAGCAAGAAAUCACGACUGAGACCAAACAAGACGAGAAACUAGUUGAGGGGAAGGCCGUUUCCUCAAUUGUUGAAACCAAGCCGGUCGAACCUGAGAAACCAGUUUCACCUGUGACUGAAGAAGCAGAAGCUAAGGUAGUAGAGCAAGAAAUCACGACUGAGACCAAACAAGUCGAGAAACUAGUUGAAGGGAAGGCUGUUUCUCCAGUUGUUGAAACCAAGCCGAUCGAAGCUGAGAAACCAGUUUCACCUGUGACUGAAGAAGUAGAAGCUAAGGCUGUUUCUCCAGCUGUUAGAGCCAAGCCGGUCGAAGCUGAGAAACCAGUUUUACCUGUGACUGAAGCCACAGUUGAAGACGCGGAAGCUAAGGUAGUAGAGCAAGAAAUCACGACUGAGACCAAACAAGACGAGAAACUAGUUGAGGGGAAGGCCGUUUCCUCAAUUGUUGAAACCAAGCCGGUCGAACCUGAGAAACCAGUUUCACCUGUGACUGAAGAAGCAGAAGCUAAGGUAGUAGAGCAAGAAAUCACGACUGAGACCAAACAAGUCGAGAAACUAGUUGAAGGGAAGGCUGUUUCUCCAGUUGUUGAAACCAAGCCGAUCGAAGCUGAGAAACCAGUUUCACCUGUGACUGAAGAAGUAGAAGCUAAGGUAGUAAAGCAAGAAAUCACGACUGAGACCAAACAAAUCGAGAAACUAGUUGAGGGGAAGGCCGUUUCUCCAGUCGUUGAAACCAAGCCGGUCGAAGCUGAGAAACCAGUUUCACCUGUGACUGAAGCCACGGAUCAAGACGCAGAAGCUAAGAAACCAGUUUCACCUGUGACUGAAACGACAGUUGAAGACGCGGAAGCUAAGGUAGUAGAGCAAGAAAUCACGACUGAGACCAAACAAGACGAGAAACCAGUUGAAGGGAAGGCCGUUUCUCCAGCCGUUGAAGCCAAGCCGGUCGAAGCUGAGAAACCAGUUUCACCUGUGACUGAAGAAGUAGAAGCUAAGGUAGUAAAGCAAGAAAUCUCGACUGAGACCAAACAAGACGAGAAACUAGUUGAGGAGAAGGCUGUUUCUUCAGCUGUUGAAACCAAGUCGGUCGAAGCUGAGAAACCAGUUUCACCUGUAACUGAAGCCACGGCUGAAGAAGUGGAAGCUAAGGAGAAGGCCGUUUCUCCAGCUGUUGAAGCCAAGCCGGUCGAAGCUGAGAAACCAGUUUCACCUGUGACUGAAGAAGUAGAAGCAAAGGUACUAGAGCAAGAAAUCACGACUGAGACCAAACAAGACGAGAAACUAGUUGAGGAGAAGGCCGUUUCUCCAGCUGUUGAAACCAAGCCGGUCGAAGCUGAGAAACCAGUUUCGCCUGUGACUGAAGCCACGGCUGAAGAAGUGGAAGCUAAGGUAGUAGAGCAAGAAAUCACGACUGAGACCAAACAAGUCGAGAAACUAGUUGAGGAGAAAGCCGUUUCUCCAGCUGUUGAAGCCAAGCCGGUCGAAGCUGAGAAACCAGUUUCGCCUGCGACUGAAGCCACGGCUGAAGAAGUGGAAGCUAAGGUAGUAGAGCAAGAAAUCACGACUGAGACCAAACAAGUCGAGAAACUAGUUGAGGAGAAGGCCGUUUCUCCAGCUGUUGAAGCCAAGCCGGUCGAAGCUGAGAAACCAGUUUCACCUGUGACUGAACAAGUAGAAGCAAAGGUACUAGAGCAAGAAAUCACGACUGAGACCAAACAAGACGAGAAACUAGUUGAGGAGAAGGCCGUUUCUCCAGCUGUUGAAACCAAGCCGGUCGAAGCUGAGAAACCAGUUUCGCCUGUGACUGAAGCCACGGCUGAAGAAGUGGAAGCUAAGGUAGUAGAGCAAGAAAUCACGACUGAGACCAAACAAGUCGAGAAACUAAUUGAGGAGAAGGCUGUUUCUCCAGCUGUUGAAGCCAAACCGGUCGAAGCUGAGAAACCAGUUUCACCUGUGACUGAAGCAGUAGAAGCUAAGGUAGUAAAGCAAGAAAUCACGACUGAGACCAAACAAGACGAGAAACUAGUUGAGGAGACGGCCGUUUCUCCAACUGUUGAAGCCAAGCCGGUCGAAGCUGAGAAACCAGUUUCACCUGUGACUGAAGAAGUAGAAGCUAAGGUAGUAAAGCAAGAAAUCACGACUGAGACCAAACAAGUCGAGAAACUAGUUGAGGAGAAGGCCGUUUCUCCAGCUGUUGAAGCCAAGCCGGUCGAAGCUGAGAAACCAGUUUCACCUGUGACUGAAGAAGUAGAAGCUAAGGUAGUAAAGCAAGAAAUCACGACUGAGACCAAACAAGUCGAGAAACUAGUUGAGGAGAAGGCCGUUUCUCCAGCUAUUGAAGCCAAGCCGGUCGAAGCUGAGAAACCAGUUUCACCUGUGACUGAAGAAGCAGAAGCAAAGGUACUAAAGCAAGAAAUCACGACUGAGACCAAACAAGACGAGAAACUAGUUGAGGAGAAGGCCGUUUCUCCAGCUGUUGAAUCCAAGCCGGUCGAAGCUGAGAAACCAGUUUCGCCUGUGACUGAAGCCACGGCUGAAGAAGUGGAAGCUAAGGUAGUAGAGCAAGAAAUCACGACUGAGACCAAACAAGUCGAGAAACUAGUUGAGGAGAAGGCUGUUUCUCCAGCUGUUGAAACCAAGCCGGUCGAAGCUGAGAAACCAGUUUCGCCUGCGACUGAAGCCACGGCUGAAGAAGUGGAAGCUAAGGUAGUAGAGCAAGAAAUCACGACUGAGACCAAACAAGUCGAGAAACUAGUUGAGGAGAAGGCUGUUUCUCCAACUGUUGAAGCCAAGCCGGUCGAAGCUGAGAAACCAGUUUCACCUGUGACUGAAGAAGUAGAAGCUAAGGUAGUAAAGCAAGAAAUCACGACUGAGACCAAACAAGUCGAGAAACUAGUUGAGGAGAAGGCCGUUUCUCCAGCUGUUGAAGCCAAGCCGGUCGAAGCUGAGAAACCAGUUUCACCUGUGACUGAAGAAGUAGAAGCUAAGGUAGUAAAGCAAGAAAUCACGACUGAGACCAAACAAGUCGAGAAACUAGUUGAGGAGAAGGCCGUUUCUCCAGCUAUUGAAGCCAAGCCGGUCGAAGCUGAGAAACCAGUUUCACCUGUGACUGAAGAAGCAGAAGCAAAGGUACUAAAGCAAGAAAUCACGACUGAGACCAAACAAGACGAGAAACUAGUUGAGGAGAAGGCCGUUUCUCCAGCUGUUGAAUCCAAGCCGGUCGAAGCUGAGAAACCAGUUUCGCCUGUGACUGAAGCCACGGCUGAAGAAGUGGAAGCUAAGGUAGUAGAGCAAGAAAUCACGACUGAGACCAAACAAGUCGAGAAACUAGUUGAGGAGAAGGCCGUUUCUCCAGCUGUUGAAGCCAAGCCGGUCGAAGCUGAGAAACCAGUUUCACCUGUGACUGAAGAAGUAGAAGCUAAGGUAGUAGAGCAAGAAAUCACGACUGAGACCAAACAAGUCGAGAAACUAGUUGAGGAGAAGGCCGUUUCUCCAGCUGUUGAAGCCAAGCCGGUCGAAGCUGAGAAACCAGUUUCGCCUGUGACUGAAGCCACGGCUGAAGAAGUAGAAGCUAAGGUAGUAGAGCAAGAAAUCACGACUGAGACCAAACAAGUCGAGAAACUAGUUGAGGAGAAGGCCGUUUCUCCAGCUGUUGAAGCCAAGCCGUUCGAAGCUGAGAAACCAGUUUCACCUGUGACUGAAGAAGUAGAAGCUAAGGUAGUAAAGCAAGAAAUCACGACUGAGACCAAACAAGUCGAGAAACUAGUUGAGGAGAAGGCCGUUUCUCCAGCUGUUGAAGCCAAGCCGGUCGAAGCUGAGAAACCAGUUUCACCUGUGACUGAACAAGUAGAAGCAAAGGUACUAGAGCAAGAAAUCACGACUGAGACCAAACAAGACGAGAAACUAGUUGAGGAGAAGGCCGUUUCUCCAGCUGUUGAAACCAAGCCGGUCGAAGCUGAGAAACCAGUUUCGCCUGUGACUGAAGCCACGGCUGAAGAAGUGGAAGCUAAGGUAGUAGAGCAAGAAAUCACGACUGAGACCAAACAAGUCGAGAAACUAAUUGAGGAGAAGGCUGUUUCUCCAGCUGUUGAAGCCAAACCGGUCGAAGCUGAGAAACCAGUUUCACCUGUGACUGAAGCAGUAGAAGCUAAGGUAGUAAAGCAAGAAAUCACGACUGAGACCAAACAAGACGAGAAACUAGUUGAGGAGACGGCCGUUUCUCCAACUGUUGAAGCCAAGCCGGUCGAAGCUGAGAAACCAGUUUCACCUGUGACUGAAGAAGUAGAAGCUAAGGUAGUAAAGCAAGAAAUCACGACUGAGACCAAACAAGUCGAGAAACUAGUUGAGGAGAAGGCCGUUUCUCCAGCUGUUGAAGCCAAGCCGGUCGAAGCUGAGAAACCAGUUUCACCUGUGACUGAAGAAGUAGAAGCUAAGGUAGUAAAGCAAGAAAUCACGACUGAGACCAAACAAGUCGAGAAACUAGUUGAGGAGAAGGCCGUUUCUCCAGCUAUUGAAGCCAAGCCGGUCGAAGCUGAGAAACCAGUUUCACCUGUGACUGAAGAAGCAGAAGCAAAGGUACUAAAGCAAGAAAUCACGACUGAGACCAAACAAGACGAGAAACUAGUUGAGGAGAAGGCCGUUUCUCCAGCUGUUGAAUCCAAGCCGGUCGAAGCUGAGAAACCAGUUUCGCCUGUGACUGAAGCCACGGCUGAAGAAGUGGAAGCUAAGGUAGUAGAGCAAGAAAUCACGACUGAGACCAAACAAGUCGAGAAACUAGUUGAGGAGAAGGCUGUUUCUCCAGCUGUUGAAACCAAGCCGGUCGAAGCUGAGAAACCAGUUUCACCUGUGACUGAAGAAGUAGAAGCUAAGGUACUAAAGCGAGAAAUCACGACUGAGACCAAACAAGACGAGAAGCUAGUUGAGGAGAAGGCUGGUUCUCCAGCUGUUGAAACCAAGCCGGUCGCAGCUGAGAAACCAAUUUCACCUGCGACUGAAGCCACGGUUGAAGACGCAGAAGCUAAGGUAGUAGAGCAAGAAAUCACGACUGAGACCAAACAAGUCGAGAAACUAGUUGAGGAGAAGGCCGUUUCUGCAGCUGUUGAAACCAAGCCGGUCGAAGCUGAGAAACCAGUUUCGCCUGUGACUGAAGCCACGGCUGAAGAAGCAGAAGACCAAGAAAUCACGACUGAGACCAAACAAGACAAGAAACUAGUUGAGGAGAAGGCCGUUUCUCCAGCUGUUGAAACCAAGCCGGUCGAAGCUGUGAAACCAGUUUCGCCUGUAACUGAAGCCAAGGCUGAAGAAGCAGAAGCAAAAUUAGUGGAACAAAAAAUCACGAGUGAGACCAAACAAGACGAGAAACUAGUUGAGGAGAAGGCCGUUUCUCAAGCUGUUGAAGGCAAGCCGGUCGAAGCUGAGAAACCAGUUUCGCCUGUGACUGAAGCCACGGCUGAAGAAGCAGAAGCAAAGCUGGAAGAGCAAGAAAUCACGACUGAGACCAAACAAGACGAGAAACUAGUUGAGGAGAAGGCCGUUUCUCCAGCUGUUGAAACCAAGCCGGUCGAAGCUGAGAAACCAGUUUCGCCUGUGACUGAAACCACGGCUGAAGAAGCAGAAGCAAAGGUACUAGAGCAAGAAAUCACGACUGAGACCGAACGAGACGAGAAACUAGUUGAGGGGAAGGCCGUUUCUCCAGCUGUAGAAACCAAAUCGGUCGAAGCUGAGAAACCAGUUUCGCCCGUUACUGAAGCCACGGCUGCAGAAGCAGAAGCAAAGGAAAUCACGACUGAGGCUAAACAAGACGAGGAUAUAGUUGAGGAGAAGGCUGUUUCUCCAGCUGUGGAAACCAAGCCGGUCGAAGCUGAGAAACCAGUUUCGCCUGUGACUGAAGUCCCGACCGAAGAAACAAAGGCUAAGGUAACCGAGCAAGAAAUCACGACUGAGACUAAACAAGACGAGAAACUAGUUGAGGAGAAGGCCGUUUCUGCAGCUGUUGAAACCAAGCCGGUCGAAGCUGAGAAACCAGUUUCGCCUGUGACUGAAGUCACGGCUGAAGAAGCAGAAGCAAAGUUAGUAGAGCAAGAAAUCACGACUGAGACCAAACAAGACGAGAAACUAGUUGAGGAGAAGGCCGUUUCUCCAGCUGUUGAAAGCAAGCCGGUCGAAGCUGAGAAACCAGUUUCACCUGUGACUGAAGAAGUAGGAGCUAAGGUAGUAAAGCAAGAAAUCACGACUGAGACCAAACAAAACAAGAAACUAGUUGAGGAAAAGGCCGUUUCUCCAGCUGUUGAAACCAAGCCGGUCGAAGCUGUGAAACCAGUUUCGCCUGUGACUGAAGCAACGGCUGAAGAAGCAGAAGCAAAGUUAGUAGAACAAGAAAUCACGACUGAGACCAAACAAGACGAAAAACUAGUUGAGGAGAAGGCCGUUUCUCCAGCUGUUGAAACCAAGCCGGUCGAAGCUGAGAAACCAGUUUCGCCUGUGACUGAAGUCACGGCUGAAGAAGCAGAAGCAAAGCUGGAAGAGCAAGAAAUCAUGACUGAGACCAAACAAGACAAGAAACUAGUUGAGGAGAAGGCUGUUUCUCCAGCUGUUGAAACCAAGCCGGUCGAAGCUGAGAAACCAGUUUCACCUGUGACUGAAGAAGUAGAAGCUAAGGUAGUAGAGCAAGAAAUCACGACUGAGACCAAACAAGACGAGAAACUAGUCGAGGAGAAGGCUGUUUCUCCAGCUGUUGAAGCCAAGUCGGUCGAAGCUGAGAAACCAGUUUCGCCUGUGACUGAAGUCACGACUGAAGAAGCAGAAGCAAAGCUGGAAGAGCAAGAAAUCACAACUGAGACCAAACAAGACAAGAAACUAGUCGAGGAGAAGGCUGUUUCUCCAGCUGUUGAAACCAAGCCGGUUGAAGCUGUGAAACUAGUUUCGCCUGUAACUGAAGCAACGGCUGAAGAAGCAGAAGCAAAGUUAGUGGAACAAGAAAUCACGACUGAGACCAAACAACACGAGAAACUAGUUGAGGAGAAGGCCGUUUCUCCAGCUGUUGAAGGCAAGCCGGUCGAAGCUGAGAAACCAGUUUCGCCUGUGACUGAAGCCACGGCUGAAGAAGCAGAAGAACAAGAAAUCACGACUGAGACCAAACAAGACGAGAAACUAGUCGAGGAGAAGGCUGUUUCUCCAGCUGUUGAAGCCAAGUCGGUCGAAGCUGAGAAACCAGUUUCGCCUGUAACUGAAGCAACGGCUGAAGAAGCAGAAGCAAAGUUAGUAGAACAAGAAAUCAUGACUGAGACCAAACAAGACGAGAAACUAGUUGAGAAGGCCGUUUCUCCAGCUGUUGAAGGCAAGCCGGUCGAAGCUGUGAAACUAGUUUCGCCUGUAACUGAAGCCACGGAUGCAGAAGCAGAAGCAAAGGAAAUCACGACUGAGGCUAAACAAGACGAGAAACUAGUUGAGGAGAAGGCCGUUUCUCCAGCUGUUGAAACCAAGCCGGUCGAAGCUGUGAAACCAGUUUCACCUGUAACUGAAGCAACGGCUGAAGAAGCAGAAGCAAAGUUAGUAGAACAAGAAAUCAUGAGUGAGACCAAACAAGACGAGAAACUAGUUGAGAAGGCCGUUUCUCCAGCUGUUGAAGCCAAGCCGGUCGAAGCUGUGAAACUAGUUUCGCCUGUAACUGAAGCUACGGCUGCAGAAGCAGAAGCAAAGGAAAUCACGACUGAGGCUAAACAAGACGAGAAACUAGUUGAGGAGAAGGAGGUUUCUCCAGCUGUGGAAACCAAGCCGGUCGAAGCUGAGAAACCGGUUUCCCCUGUGACUGAAGUUACGAUUGAAGAAGCAGAAGCAAAGGUGCUAGAGCAAGAAAUCACGACUGAGACCAAACAAAACGAGAAACUAGUUGAGGAGAAGGCCGUUUCUCCAGCUGUUGAAACCAAGCCGGUCGAAGCUGUGAAACUAGUUUCGCCUGUAACUGAAGCAACGGCUGAAGAAGCAGAAGCAAAAUUAGUAGAACAAGAAAUCACGACUGAGACCAAACAAGACGAGAAACUAGUUGAGGAGAAGGCUGUUUCUCCAGCUGUUGAAGCCAAGCCGGUCGAAGUUGAGAAACCAGUUUCGCCUGUGACUGAAACCACGGCUGAAGAAGCAGAAGCAAAGAUAGUAGAGCAAGAAAUCACGACUGAGACCAAACAAGACGAGAAACUAGUUGAGGAGAAGGCCAUUUCUCCAGCUGUUGAAACCAAGCCGGUCGAAGCUGAGAAACCUGUUUCGCCUGUAACUGAAGCAACGGCUGAAGCAGCAGAAGCAAAGAUAGUAGAACAAGAAAUCACGACUGAGACCAAACAAGACGAGAAACUAGUUGAGGAGAAGGCGGUUUCUCCAGCUGUUGAAACCAAGCCGGUCGAAGCUGAGAAACCAGUUUCGCCUGUGACUGAAGCCACGGCUGAAGAAGCAGAAGAACAAGAAAUCACGACUGAGACCAAACAAGACAAGAAACUAGUUGAGGAGAAGGCCGUUUCUCCAGCUGUUGAAACCAAGCCGGUCGAAGCUGUGAAACCAGUUUCGCCUGUAACUGAAGCCACGACUGAAGAAGCAGAAGCAAAGUUAGUGGAACAAAAAAUCACGAGUGAGACCAAACAAGACAAGAAACUAGUUGAGGAGAAGGCCAUUUCUCCAGCUGUUGAAACCAAGCCGGUCGAAGCUGAGAAACCAGUUUCGCCUGUGACUGAAACCACGGCUGAAGAAGCAGAAGCAAAGAUAGUAGAGCAAGAAAUCACGACUGAGACCAAACAAGACAAGAAACUAGUUGAGGAGAAGGCCAUUUCUCCAGCUGUUGAAACCAAGCCGGUCGAAGCUGAGAAACCAGUUUCGCCUGUGACUGAAGCCACGGCUGAAGAAGCAGAAGCAAAGCUGGAAGAGCAAGAAAUCACGACUGAGACCAAACAAGACGAGAAACUAGUUGAGGAGAAGGCCGUUUCUCCAGCUGUUGAAACCAAGCCGGUCGAAGCUGAGAAACCAGUUUCGCCUGUGACUGAAACCAUGGCUGAAGAAGCAGAAGAAAAGGUACUAGAGCAAGAAAACACGACUGAGACCAAACAAGACGAGAAACUAGUUGAGGAGAAGGCCGUUUCUCCAGCUGUUGAAGGCAAGCCGGUCGAAGCUGAGAAACCAGUUUCACCUGUGACUGAAGUCACGGCUGAAGAAGCAGAAGCAAAGCUGGAAGAGCAAGAAAUCACGACUGAGACCAAACAAGACGAAAAACUAGUUGAGGAGAAGGCCGUUUCUCCAGCUGUUGAAACCAAGCCGGUCGAAGCUGAGAAACCAGUUUCGCCUGUGACUGAAACCACGGCUGAAGAAGCAGAAGCAAAGGUACUAGAGCAAGAAAUCACGACUGAUACCGAACGAGACGAGAAACUAGUUGAGGAGAAGGCCGUUUCUCCAGCUGUAGAAACCAAAUCGGUCGAAGCUGAGAAACCAGUUUCGCCCGUUACUGAAGCCACGGCUGCAGAAGCAGAAGCAAAGGAAAUCACGACUGAGGCUAAACAAGACGAGGAUAUAGUUGAGGAGAAGGCUGUUUCUCCAGCUGUGGAAACCAAGCCGGUCGAAGCUGAGAAACCAGUUUCGCCUGUGACUGAAGUCCCGACCGAAGAAACAAAGGCUAAGGUAACCGAGCAAGAAAUCACGACUGAGACCAAACAAGACGAGAAACUAGUUGAGGAGAAGGCCGUUUCUGCAGCUGUUGAAACCAAGCUGGUCGAAGCUGAGAAACCAGUUUCGCCUGUGACUGAAGUCACGGCUGAAGAAGCAGAAGCAAAGUUAGUAGAGCAAGAAAUCACGACUGAGACCAAACAAGACGAGAAACUAGUUGAGGAGAAGGCCGUUUCUCCAGCUGUUGAAGGCAAGCCGGUCGAAGCUGAGAAACCAGUUUCACCUGUGACUGAAGAAGUAGGAGCUAAGGUAGUAAAGCAAGAAAUCACGACUGAGACCAAACAAAACAAGAAACUAGUUGAGGAAAAGGCCGUUUCUCCAGCUGUUGAAACCAAGCCGGUCGAAGCUGAGAAACCAGUUUCGCCUGUGACUGAAGUCACGGCUGAAAAAGCAGAAGCAAAGCUGGAAGAGCAAGAAAUCACGACUGAGACCAAACAAGACAAGAAACUAGUUGAGGAGAAGGCUGUUUCUCCAGCUGUUGAAACCAAGCCGGUCGAAGCUGAGAAACCAGUUUCACCUGUGACUGAAGAAGUAGAAGCUAAGGUAGUAGAGCAAGAAAUCACGACUGAGACCAAACAAGACGAAAAACUAGUUGAAGAGAAGCCUGUUUCUCCAGCUGUUGAAGCCAAGCCGGUCGAAGCUGAGAAACCAGUUUCGCCUGUGACUGAAGUCACGGCUGAAAAAGCAGAAGCAAAGCUGGAAGAGCAAGAAAUCACGACUGAGACCAAACAAGACAAGAAACUAGUUGAGGAGAAGGCUGUUUCUCCAGCUGUUGAAACCAAGCCGGUCGAAGCUGAGAAACCAGUUUCACCUGUGACUGAAGAAGUAGAAGCUAAGGUAGUAGAGCAAGAAAUCACGACUGAGACCAAACAAGACGAAAAACUAGUUGAAGAGAAGCCUGUUUCUCCAGCUGUUGAAGCCAAGCCGGUCGAAGCUGAGAAACCAGUUUCGCCUGUGACUGAAGCCACGGCUGAAGAAGCAGAAGAACAAGAAAUCACGACUGAGACCAAACAAGACGAGAAACUAGUUGAGGAGAAGGCUGUUUCUCCAGCUGUUGAAACCAAGCCGGUUGAAGCUGUGAAAACAGUUUCGCCUGUAACUGAAGCAACGGCUGAAGAAGCAGAAGCAAAGUUAGUGGAACAAGAAAUCACGACUGAGACCAAACAACACGAGAAACUAGUUGAGGAGAAGGCCGUUUCUCCAGCUGUUGAAGGCAAGCCGGUCGAAGCUGAGAAACCAGUUUCGCCUGUGACUGAAGCCACGGCUGAAAAAUCAGAAGAACAAGAAAUCACGACUGAGACCAAACAAGACAAGAAACUAGUUGAGGAGAAGGCUGUUUCUCCAGCUGUUGAAGGCAAGCCGGUCGAAGCUGAGAAACCAGUUUCGCCUGUGACUGAAGUCACGACCGAAGAAGCAGAAGCAAAGGAAAUCACGACUGAGGCUAAACAAGACGAGAAACUAGUUGAGGAGAAGGCCGUUUCUCCAGCUGUUGAAACCAAGCCGGUCGAAGCUGUGAAACCAGUUUCACCUGUAACUGAAGCAACGGCUGAAGAAGCAGAAGCAAAGUUAGUAGAACAAGAAAUCAUGACUGAGACCAAACAAGACGAGAAACUAGUUGAGAAGGCCGUUUCUCCAGCUGUUGAAGCCAAGCCGGUCGAAGCUGAGAAACCAGUUUCGCCUGUGACUGAAACCACGGCUGAAGAAGCAGAAGCAAAGAUAGUGGAGCAAGAAAUCACGACUGAGACCAAACAAGACGAGAAACUAGUUGAGGAGAAGGCCGUUUCUCCAGCUGUUGAAACCAAGCCGGUCGAAGCUGAGAAACCAGUUUCGCCUGUGACUGAAACCACGGCUGAAGAAGCAGAAGCAAAGAUAGUGGAGCAAGAAAUCACGACUGAGACCAAACAAGACGAGAAACUAGUUGAGGAGAAGGAGGUUUCUCCAGCUGUGGAAACCAAGCCGGUCGAAGCUGAGAAACCGGUUUCCCCUGUGACUGAAGUUACGAUUGAAGAAGCAGAAGCAAAGGUACUAGAGCAAGAAAUCACGACUGAGACCAAACAAAACGAGAAACUAGUUGAGGAGAAGGCCGUUUCUCCAGCUGUUGAAACCAAGCCGGUCGAAGCUGUGAAACUAGUUUCGCCUGUAACUGAAGCAACGGCUGAAGAAGCAGAAGCAAAAUUAGUAGAACAAGAAAUCACGACUGAGACCAAACAAGACGAGAAACUAGUUGAGGAGAAGGCUGUUUCUCCAGCUGUUGAAGCCAAGCCGGUCGAAGCUGAGAAACCUGUUUCGCCUGUAACUGAAGUAACGGCUGAAGCAGCAGAAGCAAAGAUAGUAGAACAAGAAAUCACGACUGAGACCAAACAAGACGAGAAACUAGUUGAGGAGAAGGCGGUUUCUCCAGCUGUUGAAACCAAGCCGGUCGAAGCUGAGAAACCAAUUUCGCCUGUGACUGAAGUCGCGGCUGAAGAAGCAGAAGCAACGGCCGUUUCUCCAGCUGUUGAAGGCAAGUCGGUCGAAGCUGAGAAACCAGUUUCACCUGUGACUGAAGAAGUAGAAGCUAAGGUAGUAAAGCAAGAAAUCACGACUGAGACCAAACAAGACAAGAAACUAGUUGAGGAAAAGGCCGUUUCUCCAGUCGUUGAAACCAAGCCGGUCGAAGCUGAGAAACCAGUUUCCCCUGUGACUGAAGCCACGGCUGACGCAGCAGAAGCAAAGUUACAACGGCUGAAGAAGCAGAAGCAAACCACGGCUGAAGAAGCAGAAGCAACGGUAGUAGAGCAAGAAAUCACGACUGAGACCAAACAAGACGAGAAACUAGUUGAGGAGAAGGCCGUUUCUCCAGCUGUUGAAACCAAGCCGGUCGAAGCUGAGAAACCAGUUUCACCUGUGACUGAAGCCACGGCUGAAGAAGCAGAAGAACAAGAAAUCACGACUGAGACCAAACAAGAUGAGAAACUAGUUGAGGAGAAGGCGGUUUCUCCAGCUGUUGAAACCAAGCCGGUCGAAGCUGAGAAACCAGUUUCGCCUGUGACUGAAGUCACGACCGAAGAAGCAGAAGCAAAGGAAAUCACGACUGAGCCUAAACAAGACGAGAAACUAGUUGAGGAGAAGGCGGUUUCUCCAGCUGUUGAAAUCAAGCCGGUCGAAACUGAGAAACCAGUUUCGCCUGUGACUGAAGCCACGGCUGAAGAAGCAGAAGCAACGGUAGUAGAACAAGAAAUCACGACUGAGACCAAACAAGACGAGAAACUAGUUGACAAGAAACUAGUUAAGGAGAAGGCUGUUUCUCCAGCUCUUGAAGGCAAGCCGGUCGAAGCUGAGAGACCAGUUUCGCCUGUAACUGAAGCAACGGCUGAAGAAGCAGAAGCAAACAACGGCUGA